AUGAAGGAGGUUUUGAUAUAUUUUAUGGAUUUGUUUCUUCAUCAUGGAUUCAGAUAAACGCGCUUUUCGGCGGUCGAGGCGUGAGAAUGGACGAAACUCCGGCUUUCAAUAUCCGUCUUAUCGCGGAGGUUUUUUUGAAUUUGUCAAUAAUAACUCUGAAGAAAUUUUCCAUUUUUCAGGUAAAAUCACGUCCCUACCUUUAUGAUCACACAGACGAGGGCUAUAACUUGAUAACUUGGCGGAAUAACGCCUGGACUGAAAUCGCGGAGUCGUUGGAAAGCACUCGUUAUUUCACUUUCAAUGUUUAUUGAUUGAAAGUAUUGAUUUUCCAGCGGAACAUGUGAAAACUCGAUGGAAGACUCUGAGAGAUAGGUUCAAGAAGGAAGAAAAGAAGGAGAGACAGGCCAAAAAAGCGUCGACUUGGGUUUUUCAAAGGCCUCUUCGGUUCAUUCAAGCUCAUGUUAGAGACCGAAUGUGAGCUUUUCUUGUUUGGUUAUCGUAAAAUAGCCACGAGGAUUUAUUUUCUUUCAUUUUUUGUACAACCUUGCUUCAUAGGAAAAGCGAAUAUUUUUCGCGAGAGUCUUCAAUUUUGACUAGUUCAAGCUCAUUUAACAUCAACACAAAGAAGGUUUUUUUUCCCAUAUCGGCUCAAAAUCCAAUAAGGAAGUUCAGUUUUUCAAGUGAAACAGCUUUCAGAAACUUUUUUUUGAUUUUUCUCAAAAUUUAAAUGAAUUUUAAAAAAAAAGUUUUUCCGAAUUUUCUCCCCUUUUUGAUAUUUAGAGAACAGAUGGGCGUUUUCUUCAGAAACUCGAGAAUCUAGAUUCAGUUAUCAGUAGAAAUUUUAAAAGGAAGCACUUGAACUUUAAAAAAAUAAGUCUCAAAAAAUUCACUUUUCUAGCGUUUUUUCGAAAAAUUACCGGACGAAUGCUGCUUUUUCAAGAUCUUUUUUGCAGAACAGACGACUAUGAUGGUGGAAUCGAAGAAAAAUCGGCCGAGGGCCAAGUUUCACCGAUGGAAGUCGCGAUCAACUUCAUCGAGAGCGAAAUUAUCAAGAAUAAUGCCGAAAGUUCGGCGAGCCCCAGUGAAACGAGUAGUUCGACGGUGAAAGCAGGUAAAAUUUUUGAAUGUUUGGAGGGUAUAGGAGAUAUUAUGGUAGACUUCAAGAAAUGCGCUUUUCACUGAAACUAUUUCAAUCGUUUAAAAAGGGAUUUUAAAAGAUUUUUUGGGUUUUUUUUCAACUUUAGGUGCUCUGUUAAAAACAAAAAUAGAAAAUUGAGCAGGUUGAGACUUCCAGUCACUUUUUCUGGUAGCACAAGGAGUUACCUGGCCAAUUCUUAUGGAAUUCUCAGCCGUUAAGUAAAAUGAGCUUCCUUGUGAGUACACAGGCAAAUCCGAACGACCUCAAUAAGGCCUUAAAAGAAUAGCCUAAAGCUCCUUUCUAAGUUCCUAAAAAGGUGUCAAACGUUUCUCGGAGUCUUCCUUCUUUCAUCUUUUUUCCGCCUCUUUUUUUAGCUCCUCAAAAGAUCCUUUUCAGAAAAAGAUUUUAAAAAAAGGCGCCUUUGAGGAAUUUUUCCAAAAGUCCUUUCGAGACCUUUUAGUCUUUGCCCGUGCUAGUACGUUACUUUUCAUCAAAUACAAACUAUCUUCGAAUUUGGUGCGUUUUUGGCCUUCAAGGCGGUUUUAUCGCCUCAGAAACGUCUUAAUAGUCGUCAACACAGGGUGAACUAAUAAAGAACCGUCGGAAACAUUUCAAAGCCUAAUGAAUUAGUGCCGUAUGCUUGAGACUCUUGAAUUUGCAUUUAAAAAAAACCCUACAGGUGAAUUUUUUGUAGAGAAUUGCAUUGUGGAAAAGCGAAGUUAACAGAAAAAUUAUAUAUGAACUGGCUUGAGCCAUCGAGAAAAGGUUCCUGACACGUUAAUAAAAGAGACAGUGCUUAGUUGGUGGAGAGCGCAGACACGCCACGCCCCAUUAGCCUCCCAAGUUAGCCCUGAACCGAUUAUAUUAAAGACUGAACAGUGACACGAUCUUACAGAUUUUCCCAACACAUUUCACCUCUAGAAAAAAAAAAUAUUUUAACAGUUCCAGAACCAAGCGAAGCGCCUCCGGCGAUAGUUCCUCCACCUCCUCCAGCCUUGACACAUCCCCCACCGCCAAAAAGGGCCAGAGUCAGCCUCACGGAUCAGUCCUUGCCAUUGUGAGUUUCUACGCUGGCAAAGUUAGAAAGAAGAAGUUUUUCUUAUGAAGGCUUACGCUGGCAAAAUGAUAAUUUGAGAAGAGAACUUCAAUAGAAGUUAGAUUUCCGGAAAAAAAAAAGACAAGUGAAAGCCGAAAAUGAAGCUUUUUUGAUAAAAAUGUCUUUCUAGAAAAGUUAGAAAAGUUUCAAAACGGGAUGAUCUCACAAAAAGAGUUAAUGAAAACAGGAAACAUGCCUUUUUCUUGAAAAAAAAAAGAAGGAAGCUUGGUAAGUUUUUAAAUAGAUUUGGAUAAUUUUCGGAUCUUCUUGUAAGGUCUUCAAAAGCCUUCUUGGACUCUUCGAAAAAUGGAAUGAAAGAAAUUUUUGAAGGCUCGGAAGACCGGGUAUGAACUCACUAUGGGGCCAGUGGAAUCGGCUGGAAGAUGAGGAAGACGAGAUUUUCGGCCAGUUGAUUGCGAUGAAGCUCAGCAAACUCGACAAUCGGACCAAGGAGCUGGCCAAGGUAUGGUAGGAAGAACCAAAAAGUGUUGAAAAUAAAAUUUAUAUCAAUAUUAAACUUGCUAUUUUUUGUGAAGAUUAACCUGCGUUGCGAAUUCGAAAUUUUUCAAAGAUAAUAGCUCAAAAUUGAAAGGAUUAAAAGACAGGGUGUUCAUUGAUAUCAUGACGCGAAAUUCGUGAAGUUUUAUAUAUCAUGAGCAGAAAAAUUUGAUGAUUCUAGGCUGAAAAAUUUCGAAUCGAGUUACAAUUUUUUUAUAAAUUUUAGGGAUUAUUGAUUGCUUCUUGAGAUUUCACAGGCCAUUUUUUUCUUUCAACUUUCAUAAAUCAUAUAAUGUUACCCUUUCUUCAAUAUAGAGGCAUAAAACGAGCAAAAAAAGGAAAAAUUUCAAAUAAUUAUGAGUUAAACGUACAGAAGGAAGUAAGUAAAUUUUUUUAAAUCUCAAAAACGAAAUCAUUUUUGAAUUUGAUGUAAAAAUCAAUCUCAUUUUGUGAGUUUUAUUAAAAAUUUUCAAGUGAAAUAAUUUUUCAGAUGGAAGUCCUCAAAGUGAUCUUCGAGGCGCAGUACGGCAGUGUAAAUAAAACGAGUUGA